GAGUGGGUGGGGGAAGGUUGGUGGCUUUGCGUAGUCACGUGACCUAUAGUGACAUCAUCCAGGUGUCACGGAAGUUUGGUCUUGCAACCUGUAGAGACGAAACAAACGUCGUCGACGCAGACCGCGCCCGCGCUCUCAUUUUUAACCUGCGCGUUUGUCACCUGAACUUACGGUCAUGGAGACGUGUGCGUUGACAGAAGGAAAUACCAAGGGCUUGAUUGGGGGAGAAACGGACAAUGGCAUAUUUCUUGGCUCUGAAGCCCAAGCAGUCCUGAAAAGUCCUCUCACAACCGCCUUCCUCCCAGCCGUCUACACCUUCGUGUUUCUCGUUGGGUUUCCCACCAACGCCUUGGCUCUAUGGGUUUUCCUCUUCAGGACCAAGAAAAGGCACCCGUCAUCCAUCUACAUGGCCAACCUGGCUCUUGCUGACCUGCUUUUUGUCAUUUGGAUCCCUUUAAAAAUAGACUACCACCUCAACGGCAACAACUGGAAGUAUGGAGACGGGCUGUGCAAAGUUCUGGUGGGGUUCUUCUAUGGCAACAUGUACUGCUCCAUGGCCUUCAUCGCUUGCAUUAGUGUCCAACGUUACUGGGCUGUAGUCUACCCAAUGUCCCAGCAUCAAAGGAGCAAUUUUUUAGCAGUGUCUGUUUCUGUAGUGAUUUGGGUGCUGGUGUGGAUCAUCACCAUUCCUCUCUACCUCUACGAUCAAGAAGUAAACAUACCAAACAUGUGCAUCCGGACCUGCCAUGAUGUCACCAAGCCAAGCCAAAAGAAGACUGCGGCUGGAUACUUCUUGACAAUGGGAACGGUGGGAUAUGUCAUCCCCACAGUUGUAUGCAUCAUGUCGUACGUCUUCAUGCUCAGGGCUCUCCAGGACAGCAUGGGGGACCCUACCAUUGCCAAGAAGCGCCGCAAGGCUGUGGUCUUGAUCAUCACCGUCCUGGUCAUGUUUAUCGUCUGUUUCACCCCCAGUAACAUCAUGCUGCUGGCGCACUACAUCCUCCUGCUGGGAGAGGUUGUGAACAACGGGUAUGGGUUUUACAUCACCACCCUGUGCCUAGCGAGCCUGAACAGCUGCGUGGACCCUUUUAUUUACUACUUCAUCUCUGAGGACUUCAGGGAGCACGUGAAGAACACGUUUCUGUGCAGGAGUCAGAGGUCAGUUGAGAGGAAGAAGAUCUCCUUCAGCGCUCUGAAGUUCUCCAAGAAGAGCGGCUCGUACACCACCAGUAGUACACGAAACACACAGAGCAGCGAUUGUUGAUGGCGGUGUCGUUACUAAUCCUCUUGUGGUCUUAGCACGACGCUCUGAAGGAGCGUGAAGGACAUCAAGGUCGGGAAGCGGGAGGGGUGUAAAGACGCAGGCGGGGUCAGUGCGACCCCCAUCAGAUCGCUCACAGGGUGAAGAGUUUGCGGGGUCAACUGGGCCCUGUCCUUUAAGACUACGCGAGGGUUAAACUCAGGUUUGAGAGAAAAUAGAUCUUGAGAUGGAGUAUUUAGGAACAGGUCUAUAAUUUUCUAGAGCUUUUUUUUUUGCAUGGUCAAUAUUUCUUUUUGAAAAAAUAAUUUGUACAGUUAUUUUAUUUUUAUUUUUUUUUACAUAUUUUAUGUAUUCUGCUAUAUGCCUCAUUUUAUUGACAUUUUUGACCAGUUACCUUGAUCACAUAGAAAAUACUUAUGUUGUGGUUUUAGAUAAGUGAAUGUAGCCUUUUUGUGUGCCACAGGACUGUAAAUCAAUGUGUUAAUGACACCUAUUAAAUUAUGUAAAACUACCUUAA